AUGGGCUUGUUUGGAUCGUCAAAGAAGGAGGAAGAGAAGCAGCAAGUCUACUUCUCGGCCGUGGAUGGCUUGAAGAAGCUGUACAAGUCCAAGAUCAAGCCUAUUGAGGACACAUACAAGUUUCAAACUGUGCACUCAUCCUCGUUGACAGAUGCAGACUUUGACGCCAAGCCGCAGGUGCUGAACGCGGCUCUGGAGGAGAUGGACGCCGUUCUCUCCCGUGACAUUCCGAAGCUCAUGAACCAGUUCCCCGCCGAGCGCGAGGAUGAGGCGUACGCACGUGCCAUGCAGGGUGGCGAGCAGGGAGCAAGCUCCGGAAAUCCAUUUUCGUCGCUCGAGACAACAAACAACGACGCCGUGGACUGGACCAUCACCGUGAAGGAGCAGAGCAACUUCCGGUCGCACUUCAACUCGUGCAAUCCGGUCAACGGCAAGAUCACGGGCGAGGCGGCAAAGAGCGUGCUGAUGAAAUCAAAGCUCGACUUUGGAACGCUGGGAAAGAUCUGGAACCUCAGCGACAUUGACGGUGACGGCUACCUCGACCUUGAUGAGUUCUGCGUUGCCAUGCACCUGUGCCACAAGGCCAUGGCGGGCGAGUCUGUGCCGGAUGCUCUGCCGCGUCUGCUUGUCCCUCCGUCCAAGCGCUCGGCCGCCCCGCCUGUGCCCACGGACCCAUUCGCCUCCACCGCAUGAUGCACACACGCACAUGUUCGCGCAGUACAUGCAGCCGCGGUGGGCGUUGUGUUGAGUUGCGUGCCUGCACGCUCACAUUGCAAGUUUACGCUCCCGUGUGGCGAGGUGUUGCCUCACCCUCGCAGGACCUCUUCCGUCCUUGUGCGUUGGCUGUGUUGUGCUGUGCUGUGUUGUGUUGUGUUGUGUUGUGUUGUGAGGUGGUUCAGCUGCCAGCACGUCCUACACCUCAUGUUCUCGCCAGAGUUGUGACUUCUUUUUCGCUUCUGCCGUGUUGCUUGUUUAGUGUGAUGGCUGAUGUAAACGCAACGCUUGAUCCAGCCUCCCCCCGCCCCCGACAUGAAGACACUCAUGACACGUCGACGACAGCGGGUAAACACGUAGAGAGGCAA